AUGGAAAGUCUAGCUGAGGACGGUAACAUCAAUAUAAAAGAAUUUUAUGCAUUGGAAAGUAAUUGUCCUCACGCUGGUGCACCUAUGGAAAAUGCUUCAUUGGAAUUAGUUGAGGAUGAUAUAGAAGAUGUAGUUGAUGUUAUCGCAGUUUGUCCAUAUCACGCAUAUGAUAUUAGUUUAUCAUCCGGCGAAUCAAGUUACGGCGUAAAAGCCUGUACAUUUGAGGUACAAUUACGUGAUAAUGAGUUAUACAUUAAUACAAAUGAUUCUUUUAAUUGGGAAGUCGUCGGCAUACGGCCUGUCUCGGAAGAAUUCGCAACGUCGAAGAAUGAGACACCUCAGAGUGUUGCAAUUGAGAAGAUAUCAGGACCUGAACCGAAAACACUGGCACAUUGGGCAGUACUCAUACUCAAAACUGCGGAUCCAGAGCUCAAAAUUGCAUACACUCGAAGAGCAGGUGAAUUAUUCAAGACAGGUAAAUUGCGUAACAUAGGAAAAGCUAUACCACCUGAAAAGCCACCAAGGAGUCAUUUAAGGGAGGUUGAUCCUUCACGUGCAGGUAAGAGAGGUAAAGCAGGUUCCUUACAAUCACGUAUUGCUUUGCUUCAUUCCUUGGCAAAUAUUGAAUUAUGGGCUGUUGAUUUAGCGUGGGACAUUAUUGCACGCUUUAGCGCAUCAUCUCCAGAACCAAAUAGUAACCGUAUGCCGAUGGAUUACUUCUCAGAUUGGCUUCAAGUUGCCCUAGAUGAGGCAAAACAUUUUAGUCUCUUAAGACGUAGGCUAGAGGAUAUGGGUAGUUACUUUGGUGCUCUUCCUGUUCACGGUGCGCUUUGGGAUAGUGCUGAAGAUACCAAACAUAGUCUUAUUAGUAGAUUGUCCAUCAUUCAUCUAGUACAUGAAGCUAGAGGUUUAGAUGUUAACCCAGCUACUAUUGAGAAAUUCCGUGCAAGUGGUGAUUUAGAAUCUACUGAGGUAUUAGAGACGAUACAUCAUGAUGAAAUUACUCAUGUCACUGCUGGCCAUAAGUGGAUGCUCUAUUGUUGCAAACAUUCAAAUUUGGAUCCAAUUGAAACUUUUAGGAAGGAAGUUAAGUUGAAUUUUAGUGGUAAAUUACGUGGACCAUUUAAUAUCAAGGAUCGUCAAAAAGCAGGUCUCAAUGAAGGAUGGUACAAUGAUCUUCAAGGUGAAAAGUCAAGCACCUAUAAACCAACUAUGAUAAAAUCUGUUAAAGAGCAAGCAUUACAAGAUGCUAUCAACAAUGAAAACGAGGAAUCGAUUGCAGACAGCCUACAAAAGACUCAACUAUAA